AUGCGGACUCUUUAUAUCACCAAUCCUGACCUGGAGAGUACUCGCAUCAAUGGCAAACUCAUCCGAUCAUCUCCCAUCCUCAUUCUCCACCAUGAUCUCCGCCAUUCCCCCUUCCCGGUCAGUGUCCGCCAAUUCAUUGGCCACUCUGCCCACUGCCCCCCUGCAAGCCCGGGGAAAUCAGCCCGCAGCACGAGUGCAAAAUUCCCGUGUCGGGAUGUUUGUGAGGACCGCACCUCCAUUCCCGCGGGCCAAUCUGAUCCCCCCGCAGCUCCCCCCGCAUCUACUAUUCCUGUGCCAGGCAGAGCUGAACUCCAGUUUGUGAGUCUCCCAGCGGAAGUUCAUGAGGUUGUUCUUGACUAUAUCUUUGGCAAGAGAGCCGCAACAAAUCCUGGCAAGUUUCCCGCUCAGAACUGGAGCAAGGCGCUCCGUCAUCCCCGGCGGAAGGCCCUCUCAAACCUAGCCUUGGUCUGCCGGUUGUGGACUGACCUCGUUCGGAGUAGAAUUUACCGGCACAUCAAGGUCAAGGGCACGUGGGAGGAGUUGGCGGGCUGUGUCGAGUGGUUCAAUAAUCACCGGCAUUUGAUACCUCUGGUCCGUCACGUUGAGAUAUGGAUCCCUGUCUGGGGCGACCGCGCGGUUCACCUUCCUCCCGGCGUGGACGCGGAGCGAAAUCCAGUUCUAGCAGCUGCAUCACUUCUUGCUCCGAAUCUGGGCCACGGCAUUCAGUACCAUCGGGCCAAUAAGAAUGCUACCUUGGAAGAUAUCUUUGAGGUUCUUCGGCGAUCUUUCUCCGCUGCCCGAGUUCUCACGCUGGAAGGUGGCCACUGUAAGAACUCACCUAUGGUCCGGCAUUUCCGCCCUGAUCUCCUCUCCGAUCCCAUCUGGUCCUCUCGCCGAAGCCUACCUGCUCUUGAAAAUAUCCAGACUCUUGUUAUGCGUGGCUCCUGGAAUCUGAUACGAGAUUUUGAAUCCUGGCGAAAUAUAGUGCAGGCACUGCCAGCCCUGAGAGAAUGGCAUUGUGCUUACGCCUCACCCCAUUUAGGUGCGUACUUCAGCAUGAUGCACGUUCUGAUGCAGCCCUUGUCGCCGAUUCAACACUUCAAUCUUAGCUUGGAUGGGUAUCACAACAGCAAUGAUCGCUUCCUUCGCGAACUCUAUAUGAUCUCAGGCAACUUCUUAUUAGUCUGUAGAAUCGUUGCAGAGGCAGCUCCACUAUUGGAGUCAUUUUCCUUCACUGGUCGAGUGUGCUGGUAUUUCUUUGAAGCGAUGAAGCAACAGGCAGCCAGGCUUGGCUCUCAAUGUCGUCUCAGAUCACUGGAUAUUGUUGUCAAGGGGUGCUGUCGCAAGCCAGAAACCAGACCAAAUGGAACACAGGCAGGUCCGGAGUUAUCAGGGAUCAAUCACAUGGAUUUUGUCCUAGCCUUUGAAGCCUUGAUAAUUAAGGCAAUUGAGUGUCUGGCCGUGCUGCCUACUUUGAAAGACGUGCGAAUUCGCUAUGUCGACCUCGAGUCCACCUGCCCGGCUCUCAAUCCUUACUUCCAGCUCAUCAACAACGAGUGCACUGGUCUCUGGAGCCCUGAGAUACUGGAGGCUCUACGCAAUAGCCGACCAUCUGCAAGUUUUGUUGAACUUGAGGAUGGCCUUACUGUACAAUGUGAUGAGAACCAACAGAUUGUCGGUGCUGUGAUGCCUCGUGUUCGUCCUCGCAGCAUCCAGGUAUGCAUGUACACCCUCAUUGCCACCGGCGUGAACCCUUAG